GUAGAACGUGGUUUGGGGCUUUUUUUAUUCUUGGCCUCGCUAGCCUUUUCGAUACUUCAGGUCCUUGUCUCAGUCUGACAAGGCAAGCGCAGCAGCAGCUUCCUGUGCACAGGUGAGAGGGAGAAGACAGAGAGAACAUGAACAUAUGAGAGAAAGAGCUUUGGAGCAGAACUGCUGGUCUGGAGGUGCCACUUCUCUCAUGGAUGUGCUCUGAGCCAGGAUAUCUGCCUUCAUCACUCUCCCUUUUUUCCCUUCCUCUCACUGUUUCACAUUCAGCACCUACUGCCAACCAACUAAGGACCCCAGGGACUCCCUUCAUCUGGACCACUCGCUAACUGGAACUGGAAGUAUGUCACCAGUACUGAUGAAGCCCUCAUUGCUGCUUCUGUUUCACCUCUGCCUGUUCAGCCUCAUGCCUCCCUCAUGGGCAUCAGACUCGGCACAAGGUGCCUCCAGCCUAACUUGUUGGUAUGACUCACGGGCAACUUUCUUCUGUGACUGGGACCCAGGGAGGGACCUGGUACAAGCACCAUGCCAGCUGGAGAUUUUAUCAAAGAAAGGCUUCUGUGACAGCAUACUGGAUUUAACUGAAAAACGCAAGUACUGUGAAUUACCCAAGGUGGAGCAUAUGGCAGGACUGAGGAGAUGCAUCAAGACCUUCCACCAAAACGUUCAUACUCAGUGCCUCACGAUUUCAGACCGUCUUGACUUGUCUGUCCAUUGCCACCUUGGAGAGAGUGAAACCAAAAUACCCGUGCAAAUAAAAAACUUCAGUCCAUUUGCAAAUAUAAAGCUGAGACCUCCAGAAAACCUUCAGCUGGUAAACAUAACUGAAAACACCUCCAACCUAACAUGGAGCCUGAAUAUUUCCUCUCACUAUUUGGAUGGAGAGCGGGAAUACCAAGUGCGGUACCGGCAUGUGAGUCAGUCCUGGGAGGAGGCCACGAACUUGUCCAUUGAACAGGACCAGACAUGGGUGAAGUUUGAGAGACUCUCGCCCAACUCGAAAUAUGAGGCAACUGUCCGUGCAAGGCCAAGUACCAGAAGCAACCACAAAGGCACGUGGAGUGACUGGAGCAAGCCGGUCCUGUGGAGGACACACUCUGACCCUAAGGAACAGUCAGAAACAUCCCAGCCAGUCCUGCCCAUUCUCAUAGCGAGCACCUUCAUCUUCGUGAUCAUUGGGACUGCCUUCCUUAUUAACUUACGGACCCUGAAAUGGUUUAAGAAGAUCUUGAAGAUUCACAUCCCAGACCCUGAGAAGUUUUUUCCCCCACUCGUUUCUGUUCAUGGAGGUGACAUUCAGAAGUGGCUCUCCUCCCCAUUCUCUACAUCUUCCUACUGCAUGAACAGCACAGUCCCGGAGAUCUCCAUGCUCGAGGUGAUGCAGAAGAAUGACCAGGAAUCCCAGGUUCUGCUUUCCAAGGGAACCCUGACUCCUGAUCCUCCUGUAGAAACCAGUGUGCACUCUGGAUCCAGCUGCUUCACCAACCAAGGCUACUUCUUCUUCCACCUUUCCAACUCCUUUGAGAUCGAGCCCUGCCAGGUCUACUUCACCUACGAGCCUUUCAACCAGGAGGGUGGUGGCAGCAAGGAUGGCGAGUGUUACCAAGCGCUCCCCUCGCCAGAUCUCUGCAUGCUGGCAGAGGACAUGAACGUGUUUCCCAGCAACUUCUUUCACUGUAUUGAGGCGACCCAGGGCUUCCAAAACUGCUCCUUCAUGGAAGAGACAGAAGGCGAAGCCCAGCAGGCCAUGGCUGUUCCUGGGGCUYUCCAGUCAGGUGAAGGCACCUCACCAGCGCUGGAACAGGUUGAGGAGGUGAUGGACAAAGAGGUAUCACAACCUGGUGGUCCCAUGUGCCAGCUGGACACUGACCUUCCUGACCAGCCAGACCUGCAGGACAGUGGUGCUGUCGGUGYAACGGAGGGGAGUGGGAAGGGGGGCCUUCCAGCUGACCCCUGCACACCAGCAGCAAAUGCUACCUCUUCCUUCUCCCAGCCUCCACCUCUAAGGCACACACAGGAUGAGGAUCCAUGCAAAACAGCCUUCUCCAGCCAGGUCCCAAACACUAGUGCCUACCUUUCUCUGAGGGACCUGCAAAGCCAAUACUGCCAUUGCUCUGUGUAGGAUCUGCCUGGAGGAGACCCASAGGUGGGAAAGGCCACCUCUGCAGGGAAGGCUAGAUGGACAGUUUCUCUUCUCAGGACAUGAAUGUGACUUCAGUAUCAAUCCCAUUGGGACUGCUCACUAAUGAGGCUGGAAAACACAGGCCAACAAGGACUCACCUUCAUAACUGAACCUGUUUUUCUGUUAUUACUGGCUCCGAUGGCAUAGGAACCCCUCACACUGUUCAAGUGACAUCCCAAACCUCAGCUGCUCAUUCUUUUCUUCCCAGAUCCCAGUAGGAGACUGUGCCAGCACUUCCAUGCUCUGAGGGUGAGCAGGCAUAUGGUCCAUUUGCCUGAUUCUGGUCUAAAAACCUCUGACGGGAGGGAGAAAUAUCUGCAGAUGUGGAUAUCAGAUUUUGUACAGGGACAAUAGCACUGCCAGUCAGUGCUGGAGUUGGUGAUGAAAUGGAUGAAGACAUCUCCUCCUGACUGACYGAGGUUGUGAACUUUUUCUAUGAUGACCCAGCUUCAGGUUUUAUUCAGUCAGAGAUUACAUUCUAAGCUACUCAGUCCAACUUUAGACUUUGGAGUCUAGACCUUAAAGUCUCUAAGGUCAGCUCAGAGCCACAACUGUGUCAGCUGUCUCAGCAGCACAGUGUAAAAAAAAGAAAUCCCCAUUAUUGGGUUAAAAAUACUGGGGAAUUCCCCUCCCUCUCUUUCCUCCAGCUCUGAUGGUAGCAGUAAAAAGAACUCACACAGUUUCCCAUUCUUGCUUCAUUAUUUUUCAUGAAAUCGAAAGCCUCUCUGCCUUGCUGGCAAACUACAGUUACUUGACUAUGAUAAGCUGAUUGCAGAACARCUCAUCCCACAUCCUGUAUUAGUGGAAAACAUCACAACGGUGCUGCCCAUUCCUUCCAUUGCUCAAGGGAAACCAUUGCCUAAUUAGUGGCAAAGAUGUGGUGAAUGAGCCCAGAAAACUAACCCACAAAUCAGCACCUUUACUGAAAAGUAAACCUCAAUCCACUUGCAAAGAAUGGGGAUAGCACAGACUUCGUUUCUSUUCUGCCUCUACAUGCCCUGAUCUGGGUUAAGAAAAAGCCACAGAAGAAAAGUUGCGAUGCAAAGAGAAGUUGCUCUGGUUACAUCGAUCCCUGCAUUCACCAUUUGUACUAUCUGUCCACUUUCUUGACAUAUUUCCGGACUUUUCAGCAGUGGGACAAUACCAGCCAUGUGCUUAAAAGUUCUUAUCUCUUAAAAACUUUUGAGAGAUUUUAUACCAAAAAACUCACAGAUAUUGAACUUGUUAGUACUUGUGUCACAGCUGUGAGUGUCAACUAGAACUAAUUCUUUCCUAUCUCUGUCUGUCCAAGCAUCGAGAUUGCUGCUCCUAUACUGUUACCUGAUCUUCCAUGAUGCAUCCUGAAUGUCAUUAUGAAUCCCAGGUGCAGGGUCACCCACUGGCUUGGAUUUCACCUCAAAAGAGCUGCUCAGAGGAGUUGAGUCUGCUUGUAGCCAGGAGGGCUCUGGAAACUAUUCCUCUCCUCUCAUCAGUUUCUUCACCACCUGUCUCAAGACUUGGACUGCUCUAUUGUGUCCAGGAGAAAACAGGUGAAGAAGAUCCCACAGCUUUCCAGGUAAGGAAGCUCAGGGCUUUCCCAAUUGUUUCCUGUACUUUGAGAAUCAUCCCAGAUGGACUUUGAAAAGACAGUGACUCCCUUGCCUGUGAUGCCUAGUUUGCUAUCUUACAGGAGCCAAGGAUCCUAGUUUCCCAUGUAGAUCUUCUUAAGCUUUUCAAUUUUCCUUUAUAGAAUCAUGAAGGUUGGAGAAGGCCUCCAAGAUUAUCUAGUCCAACUUUUGACUGAAUACUACCAUGACCACUAAACUACAUUGCUAAUUGCCAUGUCUACUUGUUUUCUGAACAUUUCCAGAGAUGGUGACACCCCCACUGCCCUGGGGAGCCUAUUCCAAUGUUUGACCACUCUUUCAGCAAAGAAUUUUUUUCUGAUAUAUUUAGCUUGAACUUCCCCUGGUGCAAUUUGAGGUAAUUUCCUCUUGACCCAUCACUUGUUAUCUGGGAGAAGAGACCAACCUCCACCUUGCCACACCCUCCUCUCAGAGAGUUGUAGAAAGCAAUAAGGUCACCCUUGAGGCUUCUUUUCUCCCAGUUAAACAACCCCAGCUCCCUCAGCUGCUCCUCACAGCAUGUGUGCUCCGGACUUUUCACCAUCUCCAGUGUCCUUCUCUGAACACACUCAAGCACCUCAAUGUCCUUCUUGCAGUGAGGGGCCCAGAAUUGAAUACAGAAUURGAGGUGAGUGGCCUCACCAUUGCUGAAUAUGGGGGGAUGAUACCUCCCCUGGUCCUGCUGGGCACACUAUGGCUGAUCCAGGCCAGGAUGCUAUCGGCCUUCUUKGUCACCUGAGCACACCUGGCUCAUGUUCAGCCUCUGWCAACCACCAUCCCCAGCUCCUUUCCUGCGGGGCAGCCUUUCAGCUAAUCUUACCCCAGCCUGUAGCAGUGCAUGGGGUUGUUGUGACCCAAGUGUAAGAUCUGGCACUUCACCUUGCUGAACUUCAUACAAUUGGCCUCAUCCCAUCAAUCCAACCUGUCCAGAUCCCACUGCAGAGCCUUCCUGCCCUCCAGGAGAUCAACGCUCUGGCCCAACUUGGUGUCACCUGCAAGCUGACUGAGGGAUGCCCUCAUCCAGAUUAUUGAUAGAUCUUAAACAGGACUGGACCCAAAACUGAACCUGGAUAACACCACUGGUGACCCACCG